AUGAAAAACCUUACCCCAAAAGGCUAUGUCGCUUCCUACUCAACGAUAGAUGCAUCACCAGACUUUUUCUCUCGCUUUUACUUUUUUUUGUGGUCGACUAUUCUCCCCGCUCGGCAGAAUCCCCUCUCAUGGCUCUCACCGCUCGGCAUCGCUUUCGGAUAUUUCUUAGAGGCCGAGACUCUAUUACUGCUCGAGGACAGGUUCAAAACAGUUAUUGAAAAAAAUUGCGAGGAGAUUAUGACCGCUCUCGACGAAUGUCACGCUCGCGGAUUCCUUCACAAAGCCCUGGGCAAUUGCAACGAUAUCAAGCGCGACGUUAACAAGUGCCUCGCUGCGGAGCGCUACCAGCGCGCAAAGAAGAACCGGGACCAGGCUCGGGAUAACCGGAAGCGGAUUGAGAAGAUCUGGGCUGAGGAGAGGGCUCUUGAGCAGGGUAUUUCGCUCAAUGGGGAAUCGAAGCAGCAGUAG